UCUGUUCCCUGUCUGUGUAUGGAUAUGUGUUCAUGUGUUCUGGCACAUGUCGGAUCUUGUGGCUGUGGUUGUGCGUGUAUGUGAGUGCGUGUGUAUGUGUGAGAGAGAAUGUUCCUAUGACUCAUAUAAACAUGACAUCCCUGCAAAGUUCUGUCCUGCUCAGUUUUGCCUCAAUAAGGCAACAUGUUCCCCUGCUCCUCCCGCUGUUCUCUCUCCACUCCUCCUGUUUAACCCCCUCCUGCUGCUGCUACCGGCUGCCCUCCACGCACUGCUCUUCAGCGCCUCCUGCUGGCUGGCCUGGUUUAACCCUUAUAUGCAUGAACAGGCCAAUGCACCAUCCUUCUGGUCCUCUGGAUGGUCCCAUCAUCAAAAGCUGGGGUUUGAACAGCACAGGCUGUUGAGAAGGUCCAACGAGGAAGGAGGACACAGGCAGCCAAAUAAGAUGAAAGGAGAGGAGGAGUUAAUUACUGGAACACAAACCAUCCUGCUUUAGAAUAAGGGUGGUGGGGCAUCCUCCUCUUCCUCUUCAUUUAUGGAUCUGCCUCAGUACGGCCCCUCCUCCACCAGCCCGGGGGCCAAUCGUGGAGCCCAGGGACGUGGCUUUUGGACUGAAAGAGGGUUGAGGAGCUGCUGUUAGGAGACACAUCAGCAGCCAUGUCCAGGGAGAUAAGCAGUGGUGAGCAAAGAGAUUAGCAGCAGUAACCUGGGAGAUCUGGACCUGUGAUCAGCAGGAUCAACAUCAGCAAACCAGGCAAUCAGCAGCUGUGACCACAGGCCAAGGAGAUCAGCAUCGACAUGAGUUUCUCCUUUACUAUCCAGGUCAGGGACAGCUCGUCCUCCUCCUCCAGCAGGGCUCCUGGGGCGGCGACCUGCAGCGCGGGAAACACCGAAGAGACAAACCCAAAGCCCGAAUCAGGACCAGCACUCCAGCUGGAGGAUGCAGUGCACAGUGUUGAGGCCCUCAGCCUGUCCCCUGGUGGAGAUCCAUCUGAGCCUCCCAGGGCCCCUGGGGACCGCCUCCAAGUAGGAGUGACCCAUAGGGAGGCCACUGCAGGGUCACAAAAGAGUGGUCCAGGACAGCAGGUACAGACUGUCCCUUGCUCAUCAUCCAGAAUGGCAGUCAGCAGUGCUCUGCCGGGUGCUGGUGGAGCCCGUGGAGGUGUGGCUGAGCUGGAGAGGAGACAGGCGGAGAAACGCAAGCAGAUGAUGAAGCCCAAGACUGCUGCAGCACCAAGCCCUCGGGCCUGGGCCCAAAAGCUGGAAAGGGAGGCAGGAGGCCCUAUGGGUCCAGCUGUGGUGCGAAUCCCAAGGACCCGGCGUUCUCCUGGUUCAGGAACCGACAACAAGAAUGUCAAGCAGAUGCUUCUGGACUGGUGUCGCGCCAAGACCCGCAAUUACGAGAAUGUGGACAUCCAGAACUUCUCGUCCAGCUGGAGUGAUGGACUGGCCUUCUGUGCCCUGGUUCACAAUUUUUUUCCUACGGCCUUUGACUACAGUGCACUCCAGGCCAGCGAGCGUCGAAACAACUUCCACACAGCCUUCAGGGUGGCAGAAGAGUUGGCUGACUGCCCCCCACUGCUGGAUGUAGAUGACUUAUUGCGGAUGGAGGAGCCGGACUGGAAGUGUAUCUACACCUACAUUCAGGAGUUGUACAGGUGCCUGGUGGAGAAGGGCCUCGUCAAAACCAAGAAAUCCUCUUAGAAGACCUGACCCGGUCAUGGUGAGGGCAGGUCAUAGCAGUGGCAUCACAACAGGAGAUGCGGGUGGGGCUAAGACCUCAGUAGGGCAGUAAUUUCUUGGUGUUUUAGUGUGUGAGACCUACUGUGUUCCAUGUUUAGUGCUGUGUUCAGGGCUGCAUGUUCAUUGUAUCAGUGUAGUUGACAUCACAUCAUCAGUUGUGUUUCAAGUGUUCAAAGCUGUGUCAGUGUUUAGCCUCUGAGACCUCAAUAAACAUUACCG